AACUUAUUACUGGCAGCCUCCAUAUGCAAGAUGUCCUAUUAGGAGGUUUGAAUGGAAAUGGGCACUUCAACCCAUGAGCACCUUGACGAGGGAUGCACCAAGGAGAUUGCGGAAAAUGUAAAAGAUGGGUCCGUUGACUGUGAGAAGACCAAGUUUCUAGACGACUCAGCACUUGAGAUCGAUGAGAUUCCUGCAUGGAGAUAUGUCAUAGUCAUCUUGGCAACGAGCGUCUCGGCCAUAGGUCUAUCAUGUAGCUUUGCCUUUAAUUUCGCAAUUGUGUGCAAAGUUAAUUCAACAGUGGAUACAUACGAACUUUAUUCCAGAAAUCCUUCACACUCGCCUGUCAUGCACUUUUCCACAAUUGAAUCGAGCUUACUUUAUUCGGCAUAUCCGUUAGGAAAUUUUUCUAUGCUUGUCAUUAUGCUCUUGACGGGUGGAUUUUCACGGAUGAGAUGGACCAUAUUUGCUGCUAUUAUCGUUUCUUCAUUAACAACCCUUCUAGUACCCCCUUUAUAUGAUUGGAAUGUUCAUACUACGUUGAUCUUGAAGAUAAUACAAGGUGCGGCAGUUGCUCCUACAGUACCUCUUGUGGGCCAUGUUACUGCGUACUGGACUCCAAGAGCAGAAAUGGGACUAUUUGUAUCGUUUUUGACCAGUUAUUCUCAGAUAGGAUUAUUUUAUUUGAUGGCUACUUCGGGUAUUACUUGUGAAUACUUUGCAUGGCGUGGAAUCUUUUACCUAAAUGGAAUCUCUUCUCUGCUUUUUGGAAUUCUCUGGGCAUUCCUCUUCAAGGAUCACCCCUCUGAACUGAAGCAGUCUAGAAGUGUAUUGGUCCAGGACGAGAAAACAGAGAUUGUGGCAGUGAAGCGCCACGAGCUAGUACCAUACAAAGCAUUCUUCACAUGUUUGCCUGUGUGGUCAUGUCUCGUAGCAGCCUUUGGCAAUUUCGGAGGAAUUUCACCGUUCAUGACAUUUGCACCUGCGAUUUUGAAGAAGGCUGUCAAUUUAACGGAUAUUGCGGCAUCGCAGUAUAACACUUUUUCGUUCAUACUACAGCUAUUUUUGAAAAUAUUCAGCGGUAAAAUGUCUGAUUUAUGGACGGCAAUAAAUGAAACAAAUAAAGUGCGCUUGUUCAACACCUUAUCAAUGGGAAUAGCUGGCGUAUUAUGUAUAACGACUGCUUUCAUUCCUGUGGAGAAUCAGGUCAUUUGCGCUGUCUUAAUCACACUACUGCAAGGAGUUAUAGGAUUUAAUUCAGCUGGGUAUAACAAAGCUGCGGUUAUUGUCGCCAGGCAGCAUGCUCAUCUGCUUUUGACCUGCUUUGGGCUCAUUGUGACUUUUGUCACUUUGGUGCAGCCAUUCAUAGUUCAACUCGUGGCCCCUGACCAUAGCUGGGACCAAUGGUUUUAUCUGUUUGUUGGGCAUGGUCUCGUUCUUGUUAUAGCGAAUUUAUUCUUUUGUCUCACUAUCAAGGCGAAACCGGCAGCGUUCACACUGAAAUCUGAUUCAUCAUAGGUGGAAGUGGUUCAAAUUUCCAAUUUCUUUUUUCCUUGAUCAUUCGACUUGACCGCUGCUUGCUGUUAGGUGUAAAGCGUAAUAUGUAUGUACUAGGAGUAGGCGUUGUUUGUUAAUAUUGUUUGGAUAAUCUAUUGUUUUAUCGUGCCU